UUCAAUCGCUACAUCAUCACUCAACACUCAGUUCUCAUCAUCAUCAAUCAGUACACUACUUACUAUUCUCGAUUUCAGUCUCGAUCGACACAUUGUGGCAUUGUGAACUGCUCAGCAUAACCAGUCAAUUCUCCUCUCUACCUCUACACAGCCAUCUCUGGUCACCAUGGCCGACUCGGUGCUCAGCACCCUCUGCGGAAUCUGCCACGCCGAACCACCCAAAUACAAAUGCCCGCGCUGUCUCGCCCGAACGUGCUCAUUAGCAUGUACUCAGAAGCACAAGAUUAGAGCCGACUGCUCUGGAGUCCGCGACCCUACCGCCUUCGUCCCCGCCACCCGUCUCCGUACCACCGCCGGCAUCGACCACGACUACAACUUCAUCUCGUCUAUCGAGCGCGCCUGCAAGCGCAACGAGCAAGAAAUUGUCGAAGUACGCAAGAUUCUUAGCGACAAGGAUCUACAUCCCCAAAACGAGGACAAGGCUUUUGUCAAGGAGUGGCACGGCGACGAAUUGCGCCAUGUCCCCGUCGGAACGCUGCCACCACCAAGCUGGAAACAGCACAAGAUGCAAGAGGAAGGCGCAUGGAUAUCUGGUUUCAGCAGACUAGUACGCCAGAGGCUGAGGAAACUCAACAUCGAGGCCGUGUCCAUGCCCAAGGGCAUGACCAGACAGCGUGAAAACGAAACCUCGUGGAAUCGAAACAACCAAUGCGUUAACUGGCAAGUUGAAUGGCUUCUCUUCAAUGUCCCCGGUCUCCCUACGACUGGCCAACAACCACAACCACACCGGAUCCUCCACAAGGCGCUCGAAAGCAAGCCUCUCAACCGCGCCUUAGCCGAAACCCUCGCCUGGUACCGCAGACGCCUCUCUCGACAAGCUCAAGAAGCCGAAACCCUGCCCGAUCCCUUCGACCCCGCCGCCGAAGACCAGCUAGACGCCGACGGCCGUCCCCUCAAGCGCCGCAAACUCGAAUCCGGCUUCGCCCCUACGAAAUCCAAGAAAAUCACCGAAAUCAUCGCCUCUCCUUACCUCUCCUCCCCACCACAGAACCCGCUCACCUCCGCCUGGUCCACCGACUCGCCCUAUACCAUGCAAUACCCCCUCACGGGCGCCUGGUCACAAACAGCCUGCGACGGCUCUGCUUCGAUUCCCAAAACCGACGACGAGGAAAUCGUUGACCAAUCCCGCUUGUUGGCGGGAUGGCGUUUUUUCUUGCACAAAACCUGGGCUCCUACUUCCUCUGCUGCUUCUUCUUCUCAGUCCGGGCAGACGAAACCAAAUGGCAAACUGCUGAUCCCGCUCAACGCGACCAAGAAUUUCUCACAUGCUCUGCGCGGUAGGACGGUGGUCGAGUUCCCGACUGUUUACGUCUUGCCGCCUGGUGGGGACUUGCCGGAGGGAUUUGGAUAUGCGGAUACGAAGAGGAGGAAGGAGAGAGUUGCGAAGAUUGUCAAAACCGAGGCGGGCGAAGAGGGAGAGUCUGCAAGCAGUUCGUCGUCGUCUGACUCUGACGCAAGUGACUCUGAUUCUGAUUCAAAUGAGUCGUCGGAUGAGGGCGAAGUAGAGGAGAAUUCUUCGAAUAAUCCUAAUGGGAGGAAGAGGCAAUUUGGAUCGCAACAAGCUGCGUUCCGGAGGGAUCAGCGCGAUCAACGCGGUGGCAGUCGAGGUGGAGGGAAGUGGGAGCGGGGUGGCCGUGGCGGUCGAGGCGGCCGCGGAGGGAGAGGUGGUGGUGGUGGUGGUGGAGGGAAGAAUGUCCGCUUCGAGAGUACUGAAGACCAGCAGGGGCAGGCUGAAGAGGGUGAAGUGGGGGGAGGAGAGGUGGAUACGGCAGCGCUAGAACGGAGGACGGCGAAAAUAAAUAGCGACGGUGACGAAGUUAUGGCCGAUGCUGAUAGCGGGUACCGCGGGGGUCACGGUGGGCGCGGCGGACGCGGUCGUGGCCGUGGUGGAUCCCGUGGUGGAAGAGGUGGUCGCGGUAACUUUCAACAACAGCGAGGCGGUGGCAGAGGCGGCCAGGGACAUGGAGGUCGCGGAGGAUUUGGAAGCGGCCAACAGCAGCAGCAGCAGAGGAUCAAACAGGAGACUGAAGCACCUACCCAUAUGGACGUGAAUAUGGAAAUUGACGCCCCAAGGCAAGAACAACAACGCGGGGUGGAAGAACAACCACAACAGAAGAGGUCUGACACAGGCAACAAGGGUGGUGGUGGUGGAUUCGGUGGACUCGUCAACUACGGGUCCGAUUCCGAGUAG